CUGCGGAGAUGAAUUGGGUCAAUUUGUUGCUGACAAACGAUGACUGAAGGAGUUAACACAGUGGAAAGAGAGGGAACAAGCUUUAAACAUCCAUGCAACCCUCUUCUAAUCGCUACUUAUAACCCGGAGGAGGGUGCUGUGCGAGAACACCUUCUAGACCGCAUCGCCAUAAAUUUGAGCGCAGAUCUUCCUAUGAGCUUUGAAGAUCGUGUUGCUGCAGUUGAUAUUGCAACCAAGUUCCAGGAGCAUGCUAAUGAGGUUUUCAAGAUGGUGGAGGAGGAAACAGACUAUGCAAACACUCAGAUCAUUUUGGCUAGAGAGUAUCUGAAAGAUGUCACAAUCAGUAGAGAGCAGUUGAAGUACUUAGUGAUGGAAGCCUUUCGAGGUGGUUGUCAGGUUCUGACAUCUGGACUCUUUGUUAGCUUAUUAUAUUUCUGUAUUUUUGGAUUCUAAGUCUGAUGGCUUUGUGUAAACAAAGAGUGUAAAGGUCCAUAGAGUAUGCUUCCAGCUCCUCCUCCUCGUCCUUCACCUUUUAUGACACUAAUUCUGGUAGAUUCUGUUUUUCUUAAACAAGUAGAGUCGGUGAUAUCAUUAGGCUACAAGGGCAUGGCCUGAUUCUUCCAUGCUUGUAGUUCCUCAAAUUAGCAGUGCAGCUUCUCAACUGUUAAACUUGGCAAAGGCUUCUAAUGCCUUCUCAUUUUUCUGAUUUGCAAGAAAUUAAUUCCUCCUCAUGCUAGAAGCCUCAGAAAUGUGUAUUUUUCUUGUUUAGAAAUUGGCUUUGUGUGCUGUGAAACUACUGAUGAUUUUUGUGUUGUAUAAUCGUUUGACAAGUUUUCUUGCAUGUGUAAUGCCUCUCAGAAAACCUGUGGUUUUGAGUUUUCUGCUUUAUUAAUUUGCCAUUUCUUGUGCUUAGGUUGCAGAUGGCAUUAAGUGCUCAAUCCAGAUAACUAAUAAGGACAAAAGCUGUAGAAACUUAUGCGGGAAACUUGUAGUUGUAGGUGGAGGUUGCUGGAUGCUGUCAUAGAAACUCCAUUUCCCUGGGGAGGAAAAAUAAGAACCUAAAUCAUGUGGCUUUUAUAGCACAAACGGCAGCAAGAAAUAAAUGAGUGAAGCACUAUUGGCCUCUUCGCAUCAACAGAUAUGCGAGUUUCUUUUCCCUAGAAAGUAAAAUCAGAU